AACCGAAAAGGGUUUUGUGGAUGGAUGGAAGAUCAUCAAACGCUUGAAUCUUUUUUAUCAGAAGAGUCUUUGAAACGUUGUAUUCAAGCUCUUACUGAAGCUGCUGAAGAAAUAUCUUCACUGCUAAGGAAGGGAGCUGGUUUACUUGGACUUUCUAGCGUCAACACUUUUGGUGACCAGCAGCUACAGAUAGAUGUUCUUGCAGACCAAGUUAUAGAGAAAGCUUUGCAAAAGAGUGGUGUAGUAGAGAGUAUCUGCUCAGAAGAAAGAUCAAAGGAGAGGCCUUGUGGAGGGACAGGUUUUGCAGUUGCUUACGAUCCUUUGGAUGGCAGUAGUAUAAUAGAUACCAAUUUUGCAGUUGGUACGAUAUUUGGAAUACUCAAGGGUGGAAGCUUUAUAGGACACAGGGGUCGUGAAUGGACAGCUGCGGGUUGUUUUGUGUACGGUCCUCGUACUGAGUUGACUUUGGCUGUAGCAGAUGAAGAAUAUGCUCACCAGUUUAUUUGUAUUCCACAGGAUUCAAAGGAUGCAACUGUUCUUGGCAGAUGGAAGAGGAAUAGAGUUUUCAAGACUAUAGAGUCUGGCAAACUAUUUGCUCCAGGAAACUUGCGUUCAACCGUGGAUAACAGUGGAUAUCAAAAGCUGGUGAACUAUUGGAUGAGUAACAAGUAUCAACUGCGAUAUACGGGGGGUAUGGUUCCCGACGUCAACCAACUGCUCAUCAAAGGCAAAGGAGUUUUCUGCAAUCCUGCUAGUAUAUCGUCUCCAGCAAAACUGCGUUUAUUGUUUGAAUGUAUUCCUUUGGCUUUUUUAAUAGAAAAGGCUGGAGGACGAUCUUCAAACGGCAAUAUUUCGCUUCUCGAUAUUCCAGUAAAUGAAACAGAAGAGCGUUGUCAAGUUUGUUACGGGGCAAAAGAGGAAGUAGAACGUUUUGAUGCAAUGGUUGGGCAAAUGUUUAUUUAAACUAAAUAAAAAAGUAUUGAAACUA